AUGCCUGGUCUUCCAAGUUACGACCAACAUCUUCUAGACCGUCUAAACGCACUGAAAAAGUCGAGCAUACAAAUUGAGUCCUCAAAACGGCAGCCCGAGUCUAACACGUUCGCAAAACCCUCGACUCCAGAAUCAGAUCUCUCAGCCCGUCUUAGAAGCCUUAGAAAUGGCUCCUUAUCUCCCUCCCCGGCCCCAAAAUCAUCGGCGCCCGCCGAGCCGUCGCCAUUUCCAGUAGCCCCCGUCGAUGAUCCAGAUCCCCUGCGUAACCCUCUGGGUCCAGAUUACAAAACUCUCGACGAACUUCUUGCCGAUCUUGGACCCGAAGAUCAGUGGACGCUGAAUCCUGAUGAUCCAGGCGAUAUCAAGAAGCUCAUGGAUGAAGCAAGGGAAGCUUUACCCCACGAUGAGCAUCCUCCGACCUCUCGUACUGAGAACACGGAAGAAGAGUCAAAGUUGCAGGGAAAGAAACCAGACAAAGAUUGCUUGACCAGCGAUCUCGAUAUGUCUGUCUUUGCUUUAGACGAUGACGAUAACAAGGAAAAGGGAAGAGAGUCAAAUCUGGAGUACGAAUCACGUGAAGCUCAGGACAUUGUUGCAAGACUACUGGAUGAAGUCAACCUCGAGAGAGCAAACGAGCCCAAGGACUCAGAACCAGUCCCAGAUGAGCCUGAAGAGGGGGAUGAAGAGGAGCCUAGUUUCUUACUUCCUUCAGCACCAUCCAAACUUCCUGAUCCACCGGCAGGGGCAGAAUCCAGCAAGAAAUCACUUGAUUUUGAAUCGGACAUCGUGGCACGAAUGGCAGUAUUAAAAGGCCUGGGAUCAACAAACGAGUUAGGCCUACCUUCGGCACCGACGUUCAAGCCGCUUGAUAAGCCGGUCAAGGGGGUGAUGAAGAAGUAUACGGAUGAGGAAAUUGCUUCUUGGUGUAUUAUUUGUCAGGAUGAUGCCACGGUGAAGUGUCUAGGCUGUGAUGGAGACUUGUAUUGUGCUAGGUGUUGGAAAGAAGGGCAUAUGGGACCUGAUGUGGGCCGGGAAGAGAGAGGGCAUAAGUGGACAAAGUUUAAGAAACCCAAUUGA